AAACAUCCGCUCUGACCACGGAAGUAGCGGAAGUUCAAUGAUCUUAUUGUAAAGAUCUGUAGAGAUUUCGCAAAGGUUUAGCAAAAAUUCGCCUUUUUUGCUUUUAUUUUUACCCAUCAAUUUAUUUUCCUUCAUGUCCUCUAAAACAAUUCUGAUAAAACAAUGCAAAGUUUAAUAGUGUUUUGGUCACAUGACCAAGGGUCCAAAGUUAAGUGGAAGCAAGAUGGCGAGCGACACGCCAGCCACACCACCUGGCUCCGUACAGUGUCCGGUUUGUUUUAAAUACUAUAACUCUGACGCUAUUAACGGUCACCUCGACAUGUGUCUGCUGAAGAGCGACACUGACAGCAGUUUGUUGACGGACGGCGGCGGACCGCCUAUGAAGAAGUUUUGCACCGAAGCAUCGCCACACCUCUCCGGCAGCGGUGACCACCCGACAGCGCCCUCCACCUCUUUGGGGGUAUUUUCCAUGUUUCCCGGAAACAAGAGGAAAGUGUCGCUUCAAAAUCACGCAAACGCUUCAUUCGCCAACAAACAACCCGGUGGCAAUAAGGGAGUUAAGCGAAGUUUGCCGGCCGAACCUGGAGCCGUAUCCUUGGGAACGCGGAAGAAGAGUGACGGACAGACAUUGAACGUUGCACAGACUUUAAGCCUCCGGACACUGUUAACGUCAAACAAACCACUGGCGGCGAUGCUUAGACCAAACACGCUGGAAGAAUACUUUGGUCAAAGUAAAGUUGUUGGCCAAGAAACCCUCAUGCGGUCCAUGUUGGACUCUCAGGAAAUACCCUCUCUUAUCCUUUGGGGACCACCGGGAUGCGGAAAGACCACUCUGGCUCACAUCAUAGCCAGCACCAGUAAGAAGAAAGGCACGGCUCGUUUUGUAAAGCUCUCUGCCACCAGCUCCUCCACUGCCGAAGUGCGAGAGGUUAUCAAACAGGCUGAGAACGAACUGCGGCUGUGCAAGAGGAAGACCAUCCUGUUUGUCGAUGAAAUUCAUCGCUUCAACAAAUUACAGCAGGACACUUUCCUUCCUCACGUAGAAUGCGGAACUGUCACUCUGAUCGGUGCCACCACAGAGAACCCGUCCUUCCAGGUGAACUCCGCACUGCUGAGCAGGUGCAGGGUGCUCGUCCUCGAGAAGCUCUCAGUCGAGGCGAUGGGCUCAAUCCUGGAAAGGGCCGUGGCUGCUCUCGGGAUCAGAGUGCUGGAACAGGAGCAAGCCCGUUCCAAAAACACCGACCAAACGGAUAGAAACGAGCCAAAGGUUUACAUCGAGCAAAAAGCUCUGGACACCAUUGCCUACCUUUGCGACGGUGAUGCGCGAGCAGGGCUCAACAGUCUGCAGCUGGCUGUUCAGGCUCAGGCUGGCUUGACCCAAGCAAGUCCAUUAGGACCAGACAGCUCCACGCAGGAAAUAGUUGUGAAGGAGGAACACGUCAAGGAGGGUCUCCAGAGGUCUCAUAUUCUCUACGACAAUGCCGGCGAGGAGCAUUACAACUGUAUCUCAGCGUUGCAUAAGUCCAUGAGAGGCUCCCAUGAAAACGCCGCCCUCUACUGGCUGGGGCGUAUGCUGGAAGGCGGUGAGGAUCCGCUCUUUGUGGCUCGCAGGCUUGUCUGCUUUGCCAGCGAGGACGUGGGUCUUGCAGAUCCCCUUGCUCUUCUUCAAGCUGUGUCCACCUUCCAGGCGUGUCACUUCAUUGGGAUGCCUCAAUGUGAGGUCAAUCUGGCUCAGUGUGUGGUCUAUCUUUCACGAGCGCCCAAAUCCAUGGAGGUUCAUAUGGCCUACAAUAACGUGAAGGCCUGUCUGAGGAACCACAAUGGCCCUUUGCCUCCUGUCCCACUCCACCUGCGCAACGCAUCCACCCGCCUCAUGAAGCAGCUGGGAUACGGCAAAGGCUACACGUACGAUCCCACCGUGGAGCAGGAGUACUUGCCUGAAAAGCUGCAGGGGAUUGACUUCUUCAGCUGGAAACCCUCAGGGCCAUGACAUUCUCUGUAGGAGAUUGGGAAGGGACUGUGAGUGGAAUGACUGAAAGUUGCUCAUCGGCUUCUGUUGCGUCCUUGUAAGGCAAAACAAGACUGAACAUUACAUCCAUUAACAUUUGACAGUAUACCUUCAAGUUAAGUUAUAUCCAUCUCCAGUCUACUCGUCUUAAUGGAGAAUCACAUAACUUCAGAAUAAACUACACAGUCACAUAUAUAACUAAUACAGACGCUGCAACUUCUUGAUAGUGUGUGUGUGGAAUAUUCACCAAUAUACAGUUUUGUUAUGUACACAUAGGCAUGUUGUUUUUUCUUAAUCUUGCAAGUUGAAAAAAAUAUACAUAUUGACUGAUUUAAGCAUUUCCUACCUUUUUCAAGACACCAGACAUAAUCAUGGGGUCGCGACAUACAGUCAUGGAAAAAAUGAUUAGACCAACCUGUGUUACUUCAGGUUAUUGAUCCUUUUUCAUCCCCGAUACAACUAAAGGUACAUUUGUUUGGACAAAUAUAAUGAUAACAAAUAUAUCUCAUAAGAGUUGAAUUUAAGAGCUGAUAUCUAGCAACUUCCAUGGUUUGCUUGAUAAGAACCAAAAUCACUUAAGUUCUGACAUGAUUGUAAGUAUAGCAUUGUACUGCCAAAAAAAUUAUUUAACUUUGAGCUAUUUUUGUUGUCAUUGUUAUAUUUGUCCAAACAAAGGUACCUUUAGUUUAAAUGAACAACAAACUGAAGAAACAAGGGUGGUCUAAUCAUUUUUUCUAUGACUGUAGAUCCAAUGCAAAGAGCCAUACUGAAAAUUCUGCCUAUCUAAAGAAAUGCUUGACAUAGAGCUAUUAAUUUAACAUUAUGUGUAUUGUUGUAUUGUUACGGUUGUAUCAUUAAAUGAGCAUUAGUUUAUUUGUAAAGUCAAAUUCUGAUACAGCAACCAUAUGUUAUAGGUCAGGGGUCGGCGACCUUUAGCAUCAAAAGAGCCAUUUCCACCAAAUCAAAACCCACUUGGAGCCACAAAACCUAUUUUAACCACUAAAUUGAAGGUAACACUACAUAUAUAGUUCCCAUGCAUAUUUUUCCAUUCCUUUUCUGUCUUGCCGGCGAAGAGACGAGCCACACCUGUUGCCUUCUGACAAUUUGUCAUGUUUCUUAAGCCUUGCCCACUGAUUUUGGAUUAACUUUCACAAUACAAGUUUUGUACCACAUCACUUAGUUCCAGUUACAGUACAUCUCUCCAUGUUGCUUUAGUUGCAGUCGUUCAUUAAUGACAAAGGAAGCUAACAAGCGAAAUAGUUGACCAGCAUCAUGGUUUCUCACCGAGUCGAUGUGAAAUAGUGCACUUUGGUGCAGAAUUGCACAGAACUUUGAAAGGCUCAUGAUGGCAUCAGAAGAGACGGCAUAGUGACGACACAAAAGCAUAAACCAGCUGCAGCCACAGCAGAAGGAUAAAAGAGCUGAGUGUGGUGAUACAGGUGUACAUACUGUAAUGUGUCCAGUAAGCGUAGAAGAAGACAAACUAAAUUAAUGUUGUGUUCUUUUAUUAUACAGGAAACCAAUCAAUUUUCGGCCAUCAUCUGCAAAGACAGAACAGAAGAAGGCAUCAAAAAAUAAUGUUAUAUUGUUUGUUCUAUUAAGUACAAGUAAUUCAGGGUUCUGACCUGCGUGAUCCAAGGGAUGAAGGAAGCCACCCGGGUGAAGACUGUGGGCCUGCGAGGAGUGUUACAGCCUCGUCCAUCUACAAAGCUGGUAACUCCUUGGACGUACCAUCUGCCGUCCCUGCCUUUACAGUUUAGAGGGCCUCCAGAGUCACCCUGCAAGAUGAUCAUAUCGCUGCACUGCCUACUUUCUGUUACAUCACCCACCAAAAAAAACCCUCCUCUUACAUGGCAGGCUGACUUGCUGUCCCCUCCUGCACACACCAUGGUUGUUUUGGCCGAGUUGCCCCACCACUCGCUCUGACUGCAAAUGCUGUGGCCCACCACUGGGAGAAGAGCUUGUUGUAAUGUAGAAGCUCGGGGCCCACCGGCUUUAAGAAAGGGAACACAAUUUAGGAAGAUACCGUAAUUGUAGAGAUUGACUUUAAACAUGGGUGUAGGCUAGCUCACAGUAGAGGCGACCCCAGCCUGUGACAUAGCAGGGCUGUUUGUGGGCGAGGGUCUCCUCCUGCUUUGGUAGGCAAGCCAGCUGCACCUUAUCAUUGAUGACCGCACUCUGCUCCAGUUUAAGUAAGGCAAUGUCAUUCCUAUGAAAAAAAUAAAAAACUAACCUGAAAACUGCUGCCUUACAGUAAUCCAGAUGUGGUCUUCAAAAGGGAUGAUAACUUAACCCGCAAGACACACAGUUGUCAUUCCAUUUCGGAUGAAUAAUCAUUUUCUCCACCCGAAUUGACUGUUCAGGUCCCUCAUCCGAGCUCAUGUCAUGCUCAGCCAGAACCACUCUGUAUGUGUGGAAGCUGCAAGAAUCACCCCAGUUAGUGCUGAGAACAUUUGUGUAAAUCUCUCAAAGGAGGCUCACGUGAUGCAGUGUGCAGCAGUCAAGACCCAGUUUGGAGCUAUUAGGGUUGCUCCACAGGUUGGGUAGAAGGACUCCAGUGACACCUGCCAUGGCCAGCUGUACGGACGAGCUUCGACCCCAUUGACCACACGGCCGGUGUUGGACUGGUAGCUGGGAACCCCACAGCUGGACACUUCAGACAGAUGAGUCAAAAGUCAGAUUUUUUAAAAUUGAAAACAAAAUGUGUUUAAAACCUACCAGUGGUGAGGAGGAAGAGGACGAGUGCCAGUUCCAUGUUCUUACUGAGCCAAAAGAACAGGCUUACUGUGUCAUGCACAGCUAUUUAUGGCAAUAGUAGCCUGGGAGUUUGCCCCCUUUAACCAGGUGCUCGGACCGCUCUGUUCCCAACAACAACACAAUGCAGGUAUUUCCUUUUACCUACAACCUUACUGUAGGGUCAAUAUGGACACUUCAUACUAAAUGUGAAUACUAGCAUGGCAAACAAAUAUAUAUACUCUACAGGAUAUAUUAUUUAUUAUACCUUCAACAGGUAAUUCAGGUCAUACCGUCCAUUACUGAACUAUUAAAUCAAUCACAUUAAGCAUCAAACUCCCAGUUUGAGUAGUUAAGUCAUAACCUUUGGAUAUGUACUAUAAACAUGUCCUCUAGUUAUAGGCCUAAUUAUGUCCACCAGGUGGUGCUGAUAUCUUCCUCUGGCCGGCAUUUGGAUGACUUGUCAGCUACUGCACGUUCAUCGUGAGGAGAUGACAUUUAAAAAAAAGGAAAGAUUUGGCUGAGUGAGAAAGCAUGUCUUGGAAAAAAACAGUAUUUCUCAAUUCACCAUUAAACAUGAAUUACUACAAGUAACUAAUUGGAGCUUAAUUACGGAUUGUUACAGCAAAAGAGCCUGAAAGUAAGGCGCAAUGUAAAAUAAAAAUAUUCAAAUAUUUAACCUUGAAAUCUGUAGUUUGUUGUAUGUUGGGGUCAAGUUCCGGACAAAAUAACUGUGAAAUAUGAUGGCAAUAAUGACAAUGUACAUGAUUUC